AUGAGCAUAGAACAAUCUUUUUACUGGGAGCACUUAUGUCAAGUGGAUAAAUGGACAGCAAAACAAUGGUUUGAUAGACAUUUACUAACUAAGGUAAUCACCUUAUUAGAACAAUUACCUUAUUGUCAUGGUGAACGUUGUUCUACAAUGAAAGCGUUUCUCGAUUUGGAUUAUGCAAAUUGUUCCUUUGAUGACGCAAUUAAACGUCAAUAUGAUGAAUACUUUGCCUAUCCGUGUAUGGAGUCAUUACAAUCAAAUAAUUUUAAAGUAUGCUUCUCAUUAUGUCGAUUUCUUGUUUCACUUGGCAAAGCUUUUGGAUCAGAAAGUAUAUCACACUUGGUAGCACCACAUUUCAAGCUCAAGUUGAUGAAACAAACAGAACAUGGAAAUUAUGAAUAUGAUAAUAUUUCUAUGCAAACUGGACUUUUGGCUGGAUAUUGUUGUUUACUUACUUCUACACAAUCGAAAUCAGAUUUAGGUCAAGUGAGAAUGUUGUUAACAAGUGCUAUAUUUUUACAUGCACGUGAAGGCUUUCCACUUCACUGCAUAAAAUUGACUAUCUGGUGUCUUUGUCUUACAACUAAUUGGAGACAACAAUUCAAGAUAUCCUACUGCCAGCAAUACGACCUUGUCUAA